AGACUCAUAAAUAAGCUUUCUCCAACUCAAGCCUUCAACGGCAGCAACAGGCUCUCUCGAACGGCUCCUUCCUAGGGUUCUUCCUCUGCCUCUCAUCUUCAUCGGAAGCCGACAAAAAUGACCAAGAGAACCAAGAAGGCCGGUAUUGUUGGGAAAUAUGGCACCCGAUAUGGUGCUAGUCUUAGGAAGCAAAUUAAGAAGAUGGAAGUGAGUCAGCACAGCAAAUACUUCUGUGAGUUCUGUGGGAAGUAUGCUGUUAAGAGGAAGGCUGUGGGUAUAUGGGGCUGCAAAGAUUGUGGAAAAGUGAAAGCUGGAGGUGCUUACACAUUGAAUACUGCCAGUGCAGUGACAGUCCGUAGCACCAUAAGGAGGUUGAGAGAGCAGACUGAGAGUUGAAAUCAUAAUUUGUAUUUUAAUUUUGUUGCUUUCAAAUCCGAGCUAAGUUUUGACGCUUGUUUAAUAUUUCUUUUAUAUCCAUACUUGGUUUAGAUAUCGAGCAAGACAAGCUCAGUUGGCUCUGGUUUAUUAAAGUAUAUUGCCAGUUCUACUUUAGGUUCUAGUAAUUUUGAACGUGUUUCCCCUUUUGGUAACUUUUUUUGGAUAAUGAGCAGCCCUAUCUCUGAUUGAAGUCA